AUGCUCUCCGUCACUUGGUACUGUAUAAUUCUGCGCCCAAUUCCACUGUUCCCCAAGCCAAUGGGGAUUUCGUACGGUCCAAGGUUCCUGAUCUACGACUACACUAGUGCCAUGGUCCACAUGCAGUUGUUUGUUGUGCUACAAACAAGCUUAAUGCUGGCCAUGGUGAUUUGUUUUUCGCUAUUGGUUGUGUUCUUAAUGCAGUGGAAGGUGGUACAAAACGUCGAGAGAUGGCAAGUUAUUGGGGUUGGUGUCUUUCUUCAUGUGGCUGCUAUUGUAUUGACGUUGGGAAUAUUGAAUAUCGUCUAUUGGCCGGAUCGGAGGUUGGUUGAGAGGAUUGAUAAAGAUUUGCAGAGAGGUAAGAAGGUUCGUGUCCCGUUCAGUUUUGUACACGCGUUGCUAAAUUCCAUCAAUAUCUGAACAUGACAUCGGACAUAGACUAAAUAGCAAUUCGUGAAAGUCUUAGCUCGCGCUUUGCAGGCGCCGCUAAGAGAGCACGCUAAACGCAGAGAGCGGUCAGAAAGAAAAACAUUUUUUGGCCAUAACUUUGCUAGCUUCGGGCCGGAAAAGUUUAAUCUUGUGGAAACAUUACCCUUUACGGUAGAAAUCGGUAUGAAACUUUUCGUGUCGAAAUUCGGCGAGAAGUCUGAAAUUUUCGCCGGCUUACGUUCUAUUUACAAAUCUCGGUUGUUUCUGCAAAGCGCGAACUGGGAACUAAAUUUGCAUAUAGCAUGGAAAAAAUCAGUUCAAAUUUGUGCCACAUUUUAUCAAAAUAUGAGCUCCGCGCAUAAAAAAUUUCCGCUGUAAAACCUUGCUGAAGCUAGAAGUUUAUCUUUCAACGGAAAAAAUAAAUUCUGAUAUUUCCAGAAGUCGCCGACGGAAUCGUUUUUGGCUACCACCCCGGCCGAGCCGACAAUUUCUUUUCCAUCCUUGUCUGCUGCUUUGUGGUGCCGUUAGUGAUUGCCCUUGGUGCUCUCACAGCCUACGUUGUUCGGAAUAUUUACAAGAGCACGAUGGAGCACCGUUCAAGAAAAUCAAUGUCACGGUACAAUACGGCUAUGAUGCUGACUGCGAGAACAACGAAUCCGGGGUUCUUCUUGGUCAUUCCACUUCUCAUCAUUUGCAGCUGGAUUAUUCGAGAUAUUGAGGCCUUUGAAGCGACGCUGUGGCUUGCUUUUAUUUGCUCGAUCCAUGGAGCUGUUAGCACACUGUCAACAGUCUUGGUGUUCAAACCAUAUCGGAGCAUUCUGAAGAAGGCGUUUCUUAACAAACCGGCGGAGUAUUUGAGACGGAAAAGGUAAGUUGAGGCAGUAUAAUGUGCCUAGUUUAUGCGUCGAGAGAAAUUUGUGGCGUGUUUGUCUAGGAAUGCUAGGAGAGCUAGUCGUUUUAUAACCUCUUCUUACGAUCUCCGCCAAAAGUCGACCAAGCUUUGACGAAGCCAGUUGGCGGAGUCUCCGCAGAGCCAAAUUGAAGACCAGGCCGCGGCGGAGAGUCGUCAUUGUAUACAUAGUUGGUCACCUACCAUACUUGAUACAUUUUUUCGGCAGUGCUUCACCUGCUGUAAGGAGCCACCGGUGUGCGUGUAAUUCAAUCCCGAAGCUUAGCAUGAAAUCAUUGUUUUUCAGUACAAAGUUGCUAAGAUUUUAACUGUGCUAUUUAGUGAUCAGUUAUACCACGCUAGAAAAACUUGAUCUUCGGGCGGGGCAAUACAAAAGCUCUCUAGCAAUAAAAAGUUAUUGGAAUUGAGAGAUAAGCCGGGGCUCCAUCUGUUCUUUUUUUAACUAUACUGUAUUGUAUACGUUAUUUCUUUUCAGCACCAAGCUCUACUUGAAUCGACGAGAAACGAUUGUGAAAGUGGAACCACGGUCAUCCUGUUCUGAGGGCCACUUCAACUUUAAGACUGCCGCUGAACCACCAACUCUCACACAACAAAAACUGUCUAUGACGAACAGCUCUCCAUGA